CGCCCGUACCGCUCACUGGAUUUCUGUACACCUCGCCUCUAUUCUCAACUCAUCGUUACUUUGCACAUUUACCUACCUUGACGGUCCACUAUGGCCUACAACUGGCAGCUCUGGCUCUCGGCCCGGCCCACGCAGCGGACCAAGUCCGUUCAGAACGCCACUGUGCCCUCCGCCGGAGAUGCCAUCCUCUACGAGUUUCCCGUCCACAAUGGCCUGAGAGCCGUGCGCGAGACCCACUACCUCAGCAACAAGACCGUCAGAGAUGGGAAAUCGGGCCCUCCGCUUCAUAUCCACCUGCGGCAGAAGGAGACCUUUGAGGUGGAGCAGGGCGUGCUAGGUAUCGUGAAGAACGGUGUGGAAUAUGCCAUCCGCAAGGAAGAUGGCCCGGUCUCGGUCACGCCUGGUGUCAGGCACACAUUCUGGACACAUGCCACGUCGCAGGAGGACGUGGUCUUCAAGGUCUGGGUUGAGCCUCAAGACUUGGACCACGGCUUCGACGAGAGCUUCAUGCGCAACUUCAGCGGGUACCUGCGGGACUGCGAGCGGGACAAGCUGGCGCCCUCCCUGUUCCAGAUCCUGUUGUUCCUGUACGAUGCCGACAUCGUCCUCACGCCUCCGUUCUGGUUGCCUCUCUGGUUCUUGGUGUCUCUGCACCAUGUUCUUGCGUACUGGGUCGGGGCUGGUCUGCUUGGCUACAAGGCAAGUUAUCCCGAGUACAGCAGCCUGAGGAAGUAGGGGUACCAUAAACGAGAGGGUAUGCGCGCCUCAAAGUAUUGUUAUCGACGUGUUUGAGAAGAGGUCAUCUAUGUCCGCUCUGUUUGGAGUGGAGAAAGUGAUGUUCAUGAGCCCUUGCAGGACAUUGUACUGAGACUUAGUUGGCUAAAGACUGGAAUUUUGCAAAGUAACAAGUAGGAGUCUAUUAAUACCCGUGGAUCUGAAUUUACACCUAUCCUCGCCU